AUGAAGGCAGAUCAACAAGGUGUUUUCAGGGAGAACCCACCUACUUGCACCAUGGCUAGCAAGUUAAGGGACUUCACGAGGAUGAAUCCUCCCGUUUACACUGGAUCUAAGAUUGUUGAGAAUCUCGAGGAGGAGUGUAGGGCAGCUAUGUUGCAUUCCAGCAUGGGUCUUUCCAGGAAGACUAGUACUGAAAUUAGGGAUAAGCCCAGGUUUAAGAAGGGACUCUUCCACCAAGGGGAGUCAAGUUCAUUCAAGGGUUACCAUGAUAGGAAUUCCGAGUUUAGAGUUAAGAGAAAUAAUGAAGUAGAUACACCUUUGGAGAGACCACCUUACAGGAAAUGUGGCAAACUACAUGCAGGAGAGUGUAUGAUGAGCAUUAAUGCUUGUUAUAGUUGUGGCAAACCGGGUUACAUGGUGAAGGAUUGUCCGAUUAGGAGACGUUAA